AUGGAUGAUCGUAUAAUUAUUAAUAAUGAAAUUGAAGACAUAACAGUGUCAAAUUUCUAUCUCUCAUCCCCAGAGGAGAGUGGUGAUAUUAAUAUAAAUAUUGCACCUAACAACACGUCUGAUAACAACGCUGAAGAAUAUUUAAAUCUUCUUGCAUCUCAUGCCAUGCUCCCAGCUUAUUUUCAUCCAACUCGCAAAAAUAAUUGUAUAGAUCAUGUCAUGCUUAGAACGCUACAAAAAGCAACUACUAUAAUCUUUGACUCUCAGUUUACCGAUCAUGCUCCAGUCUUGUGCUGUAUACCGACACUUAAGAAAAUAGAUAAGAAUUCACAUAUUAGUACUAUCAAGCGGAUCGAUCUCCCUGCUGUUGUUGAUGCAUUAGAAAAGACAGAUCUCUCCUUGGUAUUAAAUAUCUCUGAUCCUGAAACUGCAGCGUUCAAAAUUGUGAGCAUUAUCACUUCUAUCCUAGAUAAAUUUACAGUAAUCAAGCGCACUCCUAGUAAACAUCGAAUUAUUAAACCUUGGAUCACCCCGGGACUUCUGCGUUGUAUUAGACAUAGGGAUAAACUGUAUCGCACUCUCCGUAAAGAUCCGACUAAUGAUGCUAACCGUACAAUAUAUAUACGAUAUCGUAAUCACUGUAAUCGUCUUCUAAAAAAGGUUAAAAUUGUAUAUGAGAGGUCGGAAUUCGAGAAGGUCAGAAACGAUAGUAGGGCAGCAUGGAAAUUUAUUAGGCAAAAGGCCAAUAUGAAUAACAAAAAAUCAUCUUCCAGUCAACUCUUGGAGGGACUGGAUGAUCAUGACCAAUCUGUUAAUGCAGUCAAUGACUAUUUUUCCAAUAUAGGCAAAGAUCUAGCUUCAAAAUUAUUAAUAUCUACCCCUUAUCCUCCCAUACUGACUAAUCAAAAUAUAGUUUCGAACACUUUACACCCAUCAAACUCCAUGGUGCUUUUACCUAUUGAAAGUGAGGAGAUACACACCAUUAUCUCCAAUAUGAAGGAAAAUUGUGCAGUUGGAUGGGAUGGCAUUCCUUCAGCUUUACUUAAAUCUUGUAGACAUAUUCUAGUUCCAGUUCUAACACACAUUUUUAACUUAUCUAUAGACACGGGCGUAUUUCCUAAAGCUUUUAAAGUAGCGCUCUGUAAGGAUGCCCAAAAUAGAGUAAUUUUGGGCAUUGGACGAAGCACGCCCAGUAAUGGUAUCGAAGCGUGCCAAGCCAAAGCAAACAUGUCUUACAAACGACUGUGA